AUGAAGUCUAUCAUCCUCUACGGCCACCAUGCAGGCGCUAAUCCUAAAAAGGUGGUGAUGGUCCUCGCAGAACUCAAAAUUCCAUACGAAAUUAAGCUCCUUGAAUUUCCGGAGAUGAAACAGCCCGCCUACGAAAAGAUCAACCCCAACGGCCGAGUCCCCGCGAUUGAAGAUCCUAACACAGGAAUCACUCUGUGGGAAUCUGGAGCAAUCAUCGAAUACCUGGUCGAGAAAUACGACAACAACAAAGUGAUCAGCUUCCAAGCCGAUACCCCCGAGUUCUACCAUGCCAAACAAUGGCUUCAUUUCCAGGUAUCGGGACAGGGCCCGUAUUUUGGCCAGGCUGUAUGGUUCAAAAUCUAUCAUGGAGAACAACUGCAGUCUGCUGUUGAUCGUUACAUCAAUGAGAUUCGGCGUGUUUCAGGUGUGCUGAAUGGAGUCUUGCAGGACCGCAAGUAUCUGGUGGGUGACAAGUGCAGUUAUGCGGAUCUUGUUUUUGUUUCGUGGUUUGAAGUUGUGCCUUUGGUGGCAAGUGAUAGGGUUGAUUUGGAAAAGGACUUUUCCAAUGUUCAUGCGUGGCUGAACAGGUUGAAGUCGAGGCCUUCGGUGAUCACUGGGCUGGGUGUGAAGUCUGAGGCACCCAAGAAGCUGUGA